CUCCCUCAGUACGCACUGACGUCACUUCGCCGCGACCCGGAAGUGCGCGUGUGGCGGCUGCCGGCGGGUAAGCAGGCCCUCGGCGUGGGAAGGCUGCGUUCCUGACGUACCGAGAUGUGUUUAGUGACUGUCUCCAGAUGCACAGGUGCCUGUAUCCUUGGCACAGGCAGGCCCUGAGCUGUAGUUGGAGUAGGUUGUGCCUUCUGAAGCGAUACCUAUUCACGAUGAAGUUGCAGUCUCCAGAAUUCCAGUCACUUUUCACAGAAGGAUUGAAGAGCCUGACAGAAUUGUUUGCCAAAGAGAAUCAUGAAUUAAGAAUAGCAGGAGGAGCAGUAAGGGAUUUACUAAAUGGGGUGAAGCCUCAAGAUGUGGAUUUUGCCACUACUGCCACCCCUACUCAGAUGAAGGAGAUGUUCCAGUCAGCUGGUGUUCGCAUGAUAAACAACAAAGGAGAGAAGCAUGGGACGAUCACUGCCAGGCUUCAUGAAGAAAAUUUUGAAGUUACAACACUCCGCAUUGACGUCACCACUGAUGGGAGACAUGCUGAGGUAGAAUUCACAACUGACUGGCAGAAGGAUGCUGAACGAAGAGACCUCACCAUAAACUCUAUGUUCUUAGGCUUUGAUGGUACCUUGUUUGAUUAUUUUAAUGGUUAUGCAGAUUUAAAAAAUAAGAAAGUUCGAUUUGUUGGACAUGCUAAACAGAGAAUUCAAGAAGAUUAUCUUCGGAUUUUAAGGUAUUUCAGGUUUUAUGGCAGAAUUGUCGACAAACCUGGUGACCAUGACCAUGAGACACUAGAAGCAAUUGCAGAAAAUGCCAAAGGCUUGGCUGGAAUAUCAGGAGAGAGGAUUUGGGUGGAACUGAAGAAAAUUCUUAUUGGUGACCAUGUAAACCAUUUGAUUCACCUGAUUUAUGACCUUGAUGUGGCUCCUCACAUAGGUUUACCUGCUAAUGCAAAUUUAGAAGAAUUUAACAAAGUCAGUAAAAAUGUUCAAGGCUUUUCACCAAAACCAAUGACUCUUUUAGCCUCUUUAUUCAAAGUACAAGAUGAUGUCACAAAACUGGAUUUGAGAUUGAAAAUUUCAAAAGAAGAGAAAAACUUGGGUUUAUUUAUAGUUAAAAACAGGAAAGAUUUGAUUAAAGCAACAGAUAGUUCAGAACCAUUGAGACUAUAUCAAGACUUCGUUAUAGAUUCAAGGGAACCAGAUGCAAUUGCCCGUGUGUGUGAGCUGCUGAAGUACCAAGGAGAACAUGGUCUGCUCAAGGAGAUGCAGCAGUGGUCUGUCCCACGGUUCCCUGUGAGUGGACAUGACAUCAGGAAAGUGGGCAUUUCUUCUGGGAAGGAAAUUGGGGCCCUGUUACAGCAGUUGCGUGAACAGUGGAAGAAAAGUGGUUACCAAAUGGAAAAAGAUGAACUUCUAAGUUACAUAAAGAAGACGUAAAAUGAACUUUCUACAAAACAGUGGUGAGUCUUGAUGAGGUAGAGGAAGGAGAGCAUGGACUCCUCCAAAAUAAACUUCUGUUCUCAAGUUACCAUUUUCCUCAGGUGGAGUAGUCUGCUUUUAGUGUUUACAGAAACAUAUUUUAUUAGCUUCACAGUAGUCAAGAAUGUUAAAUAAGAGGACUCUUUUUCAGCUGCAAGUAAAAUCCCUACUCCCUAAUUCCUUUACCACUUUAAAAGUAAAAGGGUGGCCAGAAUAAAGCAGGCUAGAUAUAACAGGACUUACUGUUUUUCCCAUCUCAUUAUAUCCCUGCUUAAGGCCUCUGAUCUACAUAUCAAUGGAUCAAGCAAUAGUUCUAAUUACACUGGAUCAUAAAGUUUUACAAUAAACUGCAUUUCAGUUUUUUGCCCUAAGAAAUGCAGUGACUUACCCCCUUCCUAUUCAUUUCUACCUAUUGAUGAAAUGAAGGUUAGUUAAAACUAUUCCUGUUCUGUUUCUCUUGUAUGAUUUCUAGAAGCUUCACUGAAGACUAAGCGAAGGAAGAGUCAACAAAAAACAGUGAACACAAACAUAUUACCCAGGAAACCAGCUGUGUACUGUAGAAGGCCGGCCUAUCAGAUUCAGGUUGGAAGCUUUAUACACAGUCAGUGCCUCAUGUACAUAUCCAUGAGGAUUCACAUACGCUGCCAUUGGACCACAUAAAGAUAAACUGCAACAAAGAAGCAAUAUGGAGAAUAAGAUAAAAACAGUAAUCCCAAUCUUUUCCUUCUUUGGUGUAUAUGUUUUUAAUGUUUGAAUUUUGUCUCAAAUAUAAAUACAGUAUACAGGAGGCUGGCAGAUAAUAUUUGGUUUUUUUUGAGACAGAGUUUCUCUGUAGCUUUGGAGCCUGUCCUGGAACUUGCUCUGUAGGCCUCGAACUCACAGAGAUCCACCUGCCUUUGCUUCCCAAGUGCUGGGAUUAAAGGCGUGCACUUCUACCACCCAAAGACAUUCUAUUUUUACAUGAAAAUUUUCUUUGAUAAUUCAAAGGGAAACACACUAUUUUUGAAAAGGUCCUGUUUCUUAAUCUUUGGAUAGUUGGCUGCUUUGCAGACAGUUUCCUUACUUUCUUGAUUUAUAAUCCUACUGAAUUUAUCAAAAUGUUAAACUACUGUGCAUUAAUUAGCAUAUAUGCAGAGACAUACCCUAGUUUGGUCCUGUGUGGCAUAACUAGUUAAAAGAUAAUGCUUGACACACUCAUGUCAGAAGAUAAACAGCCUUACCCCAAACUGAACCAAUUUUCUUUGUUGAGUAUAAUUUUUAGACACUGGAGGAGAAAGUUUGAAAGGGAAAUUGGAAAUGUAUUGAGAGGUAUACUAAAAAUACAAUAAAAAUCUUACCUAAAUAUUUCA